CACCCACGUGACCUUAACGUUGACCUUUAGAUCUCUGAUCUAAUCUUAAUCUCUACCUAACCGUCGCAAAGAUUCUUUCUUACUUCUUCCUCUAAUCUAACUGAAACAGUUUUAACUAUAAUGGCAACAAUGAGCAAAACCCAUAGGUCAAAAGCCACUCUGGGAUCAAAUAGACUUGUUCUGCUAUGCAUUGUCGCCGUCGCAUUGCUCCUCCUUCUUUCUUCCCUGCUCUCCACUGGCGGAUUGGUUUUACCAUAUCGGAAAAGCCUAAUUGGUUAUUUCUUGAGGUCUUCACGAAGCAAGAGACAGCACAGUUUGUCGGAUAAGUACUUGUACUGGGGAAACAGAAUCGACUGUCCUGGUAAGAACUGCGAGACCUGUGCCGGUUUGGGUCACCAAGAAUCUAGUCUUAGAUGUGCCCUUGAAGAAGCCAUGUUUCUUAACAGAACUUUUGUAAUGCCAUCUCGGAUGUGCAUCAAUCCAAGACAUAACAAGAAAGGUCUACUUAAUCGAUCAGACAAUGAAACUACAGAGGAAAGUUGGGAAGUGAGCUCUUGUGCAAUGGAAUCAUUGUAUGAUAUUGACCUCAUCUCUGAGAAGAUACCAGUGAUCUUGGAGGACUCGGAAACGUGGCACAUUGUGCUAUCGACCAGUAUGAAAUUGGGAGAACGAGGGGUUGCGCAUGUGUAUGGAGCCAAUAGGCAUGAGCUAAAUGACUCUAGCCAGUUUACAAAUCUUUUGCUCAUCAACCGAACCGCAAGUCCCUUGGCAUGGUUUGUUGAGUGCAAGGAUCGAGGUAACCGUAGCGACGUCAUGCUACCUUAUACAUUUCUCCCGAAUAUGGCAGCAUCAAGAUUGAGAGAUGCUGCAGAAAAGAUAAAAGUACAACUUGGUGAUUACGAUGCAAUCCAUGUCCGUCGGGGUGACAAACUGAAAACACGAAAAGAUAGGUUUCGCGUUGAAAGAACUCAGUUUCCACACUUAGACAGAGACACACGCCCAGAGUUUAUCCUUGGCAGAAUACAGAAGCAGAUCCCAGCAGGGCGGACUCUUUUUAUCGGUUCUAAUGAGAGAACCGCUGGAUUCUUUUCGCCUCUCGCUAUCAGGUACAAAGUGGCUUAUUCAUCGAAUUUCAGCGAGAUUUUGGAUCCGAUAGUCAAGAACAACUAUCAGUUAUUCAUGGUGGAGAGGCUGAUAAUGAUGGGUGCAAAGACAUUCUUCAAAACAUUUAGAGAGUACGAAACGGAUCUCACUUUAACAGAUGAUCCGAAAAAGAACAAGAACUGGGAAAUACCAGUUUACAGUAUGGAAGGAAGCAAAGCAGUAGCAAGCUAAACCAUCUAUUGUCUCACUAGCAAAGACUAGACAACGAUUCAGAGAAAAGUCUCAUCAUUUUCCAAUUAAUUGUCUUGUCUGAAGAUGAUUCUAUUGCGGUACUAAGAAAAGAUCUGUAUCUGGAACCAGAGACUAAACAGUUACUAGAGCAUUUUUCUUGCUACUUGGUUGUUUCAUUUUUGUGUAUAUCAAUGUGUUUAUUUUUUCAUUUGCAUCCAAAUUAGACUUUUGAGUUGCACAGUAUGGUCAACCGUCUUUUAAGCAA